CCCACAACAAACAUAGCGGCUGUUAGAUACAUAAACGCUCCAGUAAGUCGAGAUAUUUGGAGAAACGUUACAGCUUACGGUUACUCUUGCACUAUGCGACACAAAUGAAGCUGGACAUUUCGCACUAACGUGAGGUAGAAGUUAGCCACCGGUAAGCUAGCUGUAACUUGUCGAGCUCGUCUGCCAAACUUAACUGCUCUUGCUAACACAGCCAGCUGCACUUGGAGGACCCAGAGAGCUUCCGGGUUGGAUUUUUAAAAAACAAAUAAAAACACAGGUACCAGACUGCACCUGUGAUGUUCUGGCCGCCUGUCUAACUGCCUUCUGAGGAGGGGUUUGAGAUCGUUCUCUAAUCACAGCGAUGGACGAAGACACCCCAACCCUGAAGCCCAGACGGAUCCAAAAUCAAAACGUGGUUUAUCGUCUUGAGAGGCGCAGGAUCUGUUCGGGCCGACCCGGAGCUCACUGGUACAGAGUGCGCUGCUUCCACCAGAACCUUUUCCCCAACUUCACUGUGGUCAACGUGGAGAAGCCCCCCUGCUUCCUCAGGAAGUUCUCGCCAGACGGACGCUGUUUCAUCGCCUUCUCUUCUGAUCAGACGUCUCUGGAGAUAUAUGAAUAUCAAGGCUGCCAAGCGGCUCAGGACCUGCUGAGAGGCCAAGAGGGAGAGACUCUUCUAACGGCCAAUGACCAGCGUUCCCUCAACAUCCGAGGCCGGCUGUUUGAGCGCUUCUUCUCCUUGCUCCACGUCACCAACGUGGCCUCGAACGGAGAACACCUCAACCGGGAGUGCAGCCUCUUCACAGACGACUGCCGCUAUGUCAUAGUUGGGUCGGCUGUGUACGUCCCAGAAGAGCCGCCGCCUUACUUCUUUGAGGUGUAUCGCAACAACGAAUCUGUGACUCCCAACCCUCGGUCUCCUUUAGAAGACUACUCCCUCCACAUUAUCGACCUCCACACUGGCAAGCUGUGUGAUACCAGGUCCUUCAAGUGUGACAAGAUCAUCCUGUCGCACAACCAGGGCCUCUACCUCUACAGGAACAUCCUGGCUGUACUGUCGGUCCAGCAGCAGACCAUACACGUGUUUCAGGUCACUCCAGAGGGAACAUUUCUAGAUGUGAGGACGAUUGGGCGGUUCUGUUAUGAGGACGACCUCCUGACUCUUUCUGCAGUUUACACAGAGGCUCAGGCGGAGAGUCAGUCGGGCUUCCCCCGCCUUUACACUGACAAAACCAUCAACUCCCUCAAGCACAGGCUGUUGGUGUACCUCUGGAGGAGGGCUGAGCAGGACGGUAGCGCCACCGCUAAGAGGAGGUACAAAACGCUCUGUGGAUAUUUAAAAAAAAAAAAAAAAAAAAGGUCAUUUCAUUUAAUCCAUGUAUUAUUUGACCCGAUUUGACCAAAAGGAAAUAACUAGAAGAACUAAAAGUCCUUGUUGCACAUUCCUGUUUGUGUUUCCGUCGUAUCUCAAGAACCGUGACGAUUAUUUUAGUCAUUUUAGUCCAGUCAUGGAUUAAAAUUUAAUUGAAAACGCAAUUUUCACACACAAGGAAACAACAACGCAGUCAUUGGGUUGUUGUUUGUCUUUGCUGUUGCGUGACUGAUGUUUGAGUUAGAUGAAAUGAAUGAAUCAAAAGGGGAUUCACAGAGCUGGAAAACAAGACUGACAGCUCUCCCCAAAAUAGACAAUCUGCUGGGUGUUUGAUGGGUAUUUAUUACUGCGUUACAACAAAACUACCAUGAAAUUAUAACUGGUUUCUUGAACAUGACAAUGAGUUCACAGUUAGGUACACCUCGCAAGUACCGGGUUGGACCCCUUUUGCCUUCAGAACUGCCUUAGUUCUUCGUAGAAUAGAUUCAACGAGGUGUUGGAAACAUUCCUCACAGAUUUUGGUCCAUAUUGACAUGAUACCAUCACGCAGUUUCUGCAGAUUUGUCGGCUGCACAUCCAUGAUGCCAAUCUCCCGUUCCACCACAUCCCAAAGGUGUUCUAUUGGAUUGAGAUGUGGUGACUGUGGAGGCCAUUGGAGUACAGUG